GAGAGAGAGAGAGAGAAGUGAUAGAAUUAAGUAGACUUGUUUUAAGGGAUAUUUGAGUUGAAAAAAGAGAUGGGUUAUUGGCAAACCAAGGUGCUUCCAAAGAUCAAGAAGGUCUUCGAGAACAAAAACAGUGGAAAAAAGGCUGCUGCUGCCGAGGCUUGCAAGUCCUUUGAUGAGUCUAAGGAGGAUUAUAGCAAGCAGUUUGAAGAGAAGAAAGAUGAGCUUCAAGCAAAAGUAGUUGAAAUAUAUGAAGGUUCCUCUGCUGAGAUUAAGACUUUGGUUAAGGAGCGCAAGGAGGCAGGGUUGAAGAAGCACUCAGCUGCAGUCCACAAGUUCCUUGAACAGCUAGAGAAAAUUGAUUUUCCAGGAUCCAAACCAGUAUCAGAAGCAUCAUCAAAGUAUGGGCCAGCCUAUGUGUCAGGUCCAGUUUUCUUUGUGUUUGAGAAGGUCUCAACAUUCACUGUGGUAGAGGAGAAAGUGGAGCCUCCACCACCACCACCAGCAACAGAAACCACAGCAACAAAAACUGAAGAGGAAACAAGUGGUGCUGUAAAAGAAAGGGAGAUAGUGGUUGAAGAAGAGAAGAAGGAAGAGGUUGUGGAGAUCAAGAAAGAUGAAGAGGUUGUGGAGAUCAAGAAAGAGGAAGAGGUUGUGGAGGUUAAGAAAGAAGAGGCGGUUGAGAAAGCUACAACAACUGAGACUGAACCAGCUUCUGAGGCUCCAAAGGUGGAGGAAACUGCUGCUGCAGAACCAGCAAAGCCUUAGCAAGAAAGAUCAAUCAUCAAGAACAAUCAAACAUGAUGACUUUGUGUAAAAGUUUAUUUGGAAAUUAUUUUUGAUUUGUUAUUCUUUAAUACUUGUAAUCUAUUUUGAAUAUUUGUUUUUGGUCCUGUGAUUUUCCAAAGCUUUCACUCAUGUGUUCUGGUCUUUCAGUGUAUGUAUGUAUGUAUGUGAAUUACUAUGUAAUACUUUUAUAACAGUACAGAUAAAGAAGUAUUGGUGGGGAAAUUCAGCUCCUUCUUCUUAAUUAUCUGCUGUUUUAGUGUAUUAAUUAUGUCUAUUUAGUGCUGGAUUUUUCUUAAUUAUUUGAUAUAAUUGCUGUCUUGCACUGAAA